AUGGCGGGAUCAACUUCUUCGCCCAGAAGUGUCGUGGAGGAUGUCGACGAGCCGCAAGGAGGUGACCAAGAUGUAACCAUGGCUAUAGAUUGCCAAACUGGGCCACCUAUAAUCGAGCCGUCUAUCCCUGAUAGCAUUCCACCGCAUCCUCCAGACAUGCGGAGUAUCAUCAGGAGGCUGAGAAGACAAGACUUAAAGCUUCAAUCUAGCCAUAUUUCCCCGGACUCGCCACCAUCGGAAGGAGAGAUGUCAGUAGCGGGAUCCGUCUUGGACUAUAGAGAUAGGCGCCAAGAAGGAUGUCAAGUUGCCGAAGGCUGUACCUCGGGUACAUCCUCUUCAACUCUUUUCCCAAAGUGGAUCGAACAACAGAACGUCCAAUUAGAUCUGGAUGCCGGCCAUAUGGAUAGCUCUAGGUCCAGGUCACGGGGCAUAGUUGAAUAUACGGUUACAUCUGCAAACCUGGCGCCAUCAUGGAUAAGAAAACCUGCUUCGCCCAGCCUCGGAGGUCCGACUCAUGGGAUGAAUGGGCCCGGUAUUCUCGUGGCCGACACGUGUGAGCCCGGGACCGGCGUCGCGAGCGACGACAAUCUGCUGCCCGGCAAGUUCGACCUCACCGCAGACCUUGCCCCCGAAUUGCCAACUACUGGCCUUCAGGCCAUGAUGAUACACGCAAAGCUGAGGGCAUCCUUACCGAGAUUGACGAGCGGUGUGAACCGAAGGGAUCUUGUGCGGUUCCACCUCUCGGACGAGGUCGCUCAGCACUGCUCCAGUCGAGUCUUGAACCGAGUUUACAAACCCGCGCGGACCCGAGUUCGUGGUAAAGUGCCUGCUCGUCAGCCAGCAACAACGCCGUCGGGUCCCGGCGAAAAAGGUUCAGCUGCAAGGUCCACGUCAUCAGCGAACGACAAACGGCCUUCUUCUAUGGAGACAGGAAGAAUGGCUGCUAUUAAAUGA